AUGGAAGGAGAUGCCACUGCAAUUCAAAAUUAUUUUUUGAAUAUGCAAUCUAAGAACACAAAUUUCUUCUAUGCUAUUGAUUUAGAUCAAGAUGGUCGUUUAAGAAAUGUGUUUUGGGCAGAUGCAAGGAGUAGGGCGGCGUAUGAAGAAUUCGGUGAUGUUGUUACAUUUGACACCACAUACUUGACUAAUAAGUAUGACAUGCCAUUUGCUCCAUUUGUGGGGGUCAAUCACCAUGGUCAAUUGAUUUUGCUAGGAUGUGGGUUGAUCUCAAGUGAAGAUGCCAACACAUUUAUUUGGUUGUUUAAGUCUUGGCUUGCUUGUAUAUAUGGUUGUGCUCCAAAGGGAAUAAUUACAGAUCAAGACAAAGCCAUGAAAAAAGCAAUUGCGAUUGUCUUUCCUAAUACUAGACAUCGUUUAUGCUUGUGGCAUAUCAUGAAUAAAAUUCCUCAAAAGUUAAGUGGGUAUAAGGAAUAUCAAUCCAUUAGCUUUACCUUGAACAACAUUGUUUAUGACUCAUUGAAUCAGGAUGAGUUUGAAGAAGGUUGGGCUAAGAUGAUUGAGAAAUAUAAGUUGCAAAAUGAUUGGUUGGAUAGCCUAUAUAUUGAGAGACAUCAUUGGGUGCCAGCAUUUGUGAAAAAUAGUUUUUGGGCAGGAAUGUCUACAACACAACGUAGUGAGAGUAUGAAUGCAUUUUUUGAUGGUCAUGUAAACUCAAAAACUACUUUAAAACAGUUUGUGGAUCAAUAUGACAAUGCAUUGAGGAUAAAGGUGGAAAACGAGACCAAGGCAGAUUGUAAUUGUUUAUCGUCACGUAUUCCUUGUGUAACCCAUUUUGACAUGGAAACGCAAGUUGAAGAGGUGUACACGAUUACAAAAUUUAAGGAGUUUUAUGAUGAGUUGAUAGGGAAAAUGUACUGUGACAGAGUUUUAGUGCAAAAUUUUGAUAGUGAAACUUUAGAGUACCACAUAUCUGAUGUUAUCAAGGUCGAGGAGAAAAAGAAAAAGGUUAUUUUCAAGGUUUUGUUCAAGCAAUGUGAUCAGGAGGUUAAGUGCAAUUGCUGCUUGUUUGAAUUUAAAGGCAUAUUAUGCAGGCAUGCAAUUUAUGUUUUAACGCAUCAUGAAAUCGACUUAAUUCCAGAUAAAUACAUCAUGCGAAGAUGGAGGAAGGAUGUGAAGAGAUGCCACACAAGGGUUAAAGUAAAUUAUGCUGAUUGGAAAGCCACACCUGAAGCACAACGAUCCACAAAGAUGCAAAAGACUUUUGAUGACAUCAAGGAAUUAGCAAAUAGUUCUGAUGAUAAAUGCAUGAUUGUGAUGACUUGGAUGCAUAAGCUAAUGAAGGAGAUAUCUAAUUAUGAUGGAGUUGAUAGUCGCAACCAACAAGCGUCCCAGUCACCUAUUGGCAAGAAGUCUGAGAAUGAUGUUAAUGGAAUUUCCAACUCAAGCCGACGUAUACUGACUCCAUUAGCAGUUAGAAGUAAAGGCCGACCACCUUCUAAAAGGAAACAAUCAAUGACAGAGCAAGCUAUUAAAAGAAAACAACAAAAAGAGAAAAAACGCAAAUCUCAGAAAGACCUUACCCAGGAUUUUCAACCGGUAAUAAGUGAUGCAGUUUGCCCUAUUGGUGAUUCACUCACUUACGGAUGUGGUAAUGUAGUUGCAACGCAAGAGAGCAAUAUUAUUAUGAAGGUAUAA